GGCAGCUACGGCCGCAAAGUUCUUCCCCCGCGGCCCGGCCAGCAGCCACUGUGCGGCGGGCUCCCGGCGGAAGAUGGCGGGGCGACGCUGCCCCCCGUCCGCGCUGCUGCUGCUGCUGCCGCUGGCGGCCGCCCUGGCCGGGGCGCAGCCCGGCGGCCUCUACUCGCCCGGCGACGCGCUGGUGCUGCUGCAGGUGGACACGCUGGAGCGCAGAGUCCUCAACUCCAGCAGCGCCUGGCUGGUGGAGUUCUACGCCUCCUGGUGCGGCCACUGCGUCCACUUCGCCCCCACCUGGCGGGCGCUGGCCGCCGACAUCCAGGAAUGGAGCCCCGCGGUGAACCUCGGCGUCGUCAACUGUGCUGACAUAGCCAAUCAGAAAGCGUGCAAGAAGUUUGGGAUAACUGGGUUCCCAACGUUGAAGUUUUUCAAGGCCUUCUCCAAGAGCCCUGAGGACGGGACGAAGAUAUUCCAUCCUGGGGACAGCAUUCAGAACCUGAGGCAGAGCAUAAUCACCAACCUGGAGAUGCACAAGGAGACGUGGCCACCUGCCUGUCCACCACUGGAACCAGCCAGCGUAGAGGAGAUCCGUGGGUUCUUUCAAACAAACAAUGUCAUGUACCUGGCACUGAUCUUCGAAGCGAACGACUCCUUUAUGGGAAGAGAGGUGACACUGGACAUGCUGCAGUACGAGAACGUCGCUGUCCGGAGAGUGCUGAGCAGCGAGGAGGAGCUAGUGAAGAAGUAUGGCGUGACUGCCUUCCCUUCCGGCUUCCUGCUCAUCAACAAUGGGACCUUCAGCCGCAUCCCUGUGAAAAUGGCGGCGCGAUCCUUCUACACCUACUUCCUACGGAGGCUGCCUGGGGUCACGCGAGGCCCCUACGCGCCGACCAGCGCGCCAGACACGCCGAUCAAGUCGACCCUCACCCCGCGGAGGCCUGCAGACCGCUCGAAGGUGUACAUGGCUGACCUGGAGUCUGCGCUGCACUAUGCCCUGCGGGUAGAGGUGGCCCGGUUCUCUGUCCUAACAGGAGAGCGCGUGAGAGCCCUGAAAGACUUUGUGACAGUGCUGGCCAAGUAUUUUCCUGGCCGCCCCUUUGUCCAGAACUUCCUGCGCUCUGUGGACAGGUGGCUGAGGAACAUGAGAGAAUCAAGGAUUCCCUACAGUGCCUUGGAGCGGGUCUUGACCAACAGAAAAGAGGGUCAAGCCCCGGAAGUGCUGUCGAACAACAUGACAUGGGUGGGUUGCCAGGGAAGCAAACCUCAUUUCCGAGGCUACCCCUGCUCCCUCUGGACCCUCUUCCACCUCCUGACAGUGCAGGCGACUAGGUACCGCAGGCUGGGCACAGGCCCCCUCGAGGUCCUUGGCGCUAUGCGCGGCUACGUCUGGUCCUUCUUUGGCUGCCGGGAGUGCGCUCAGCACUUUGAGGGCAUGGCAGCGGAGUCCAUGGACAAAGUGAGAAGCGUGGACAAGGCAGUCCUCUGGCUUUGGUCAAGACACAACAGGGUCAACGCUCGACUGGCAGGUACCGAGACGGAGGACCCUGAAUUCCCCAAGCUGCAGUGGCCUCCCCCGGACCUGUGCCCUCUGUGUCACGGCGUGGUCAACAGGCGCCACGUGUGGGACGAGGCAGCCGUGCUGCGCUUCCUCAAGGCCCACUUCUCCCCGGCCAACAUCAUCUUAGACUACACAGAGCCUGAGAUGGUGCUGGUGGUCAGGCACAGCCGGGAGGCAAAGGAGGGAGCUGGAGAGAGGGCCAUGGGUGAGGAGGAAGAGAGAGGAGAGGCAGAGGAGGAAGAGAGAGGCGAUAAUGGGAGAGGGGAGGAGGAAGAGAGAGGCGAUAAUGGGAGAGGGGAGGAGGAAGAGAGAGGCGAUAAUGGGAGAGGGGAGGAGGAGGAAGAGAGAGGCGAUAAUGGGAGAGGGGAGGAGGAAGAGAGAGGCGAUAAUGGGAGAGGGGAGGAGGAAGAGAGAGGCGAUAAUGGGAGAGGGGAGGAGGAAGAGAGAGGCGAUAAUGGGAGAGGGGAGGAGGAAGAGGAGGACGAAGGAGAAGAAAGGAGACCAGGGGAACCAGAGGCCGCAGGGGUGGGAAUGGAGGUGGGUGGCUCGGAAAGACGAGGCUCCUCAGGGCCACGGAAACCAAGCAUCGUCCGGAUGAACCCCAAGACACAGGAGCUGGAGGAGGACAUUGUGGACCUGGACAACUUUAGUGAGCUGCACUACAAGAGCAAAGCCCUGAAGGCUGCAGCCGUGGCGGCCAACAAGCAGUGGCGGCUGAGCAAGAGGGACACCAUCCCGCUGCUGCUGGCGGACGACAGCCACCAGGACUUUGACUACGCCGCGGCCUGGGAGCGCUUGAGGCGGCGGGGGCGGGGCUCCAAGCAGCUCAUCGGGGCCCUGGAGGAGGAUGAAGGGGACGCCCUGAGGAGGAACCAUUGGUUCCGCAUGCUGGGAGUGGGCUUCUCCCGCCUGGACCUCAGCCUGUGCAUCGUCCUAUACUUUCUCUCCUCCAUGUGCCUGCUGGGCAUGUACACCUUCUUCCGCAUGCGCACGAGGCUCCGCAAGGGCCGCCCCGGCUUCCCCACAGCUUGAGGCUGGCGGGGGCGCUGGUAGGGUGGGGGUGAUGGUACAGGGCAAGUGCAAACGAUUCCUUCCGGGGCUCUGUGGCUGGAGAAGCAUCAGACUUUCUCCACAAGGGUUGCUAGGGCAGUGGGUGCAGCUGGACAGUUUCUGGAUCUCACCACUGCUGGCUACAUGGACAUGGGGCCGCCCAUCAGAUAGAUGUGGCAGGGUGUUCUUCAGGGAUCCAAGAGCCUUACCAAGCCACCCGAGCUCCUCAGAGACCUCGAGUGGAGCCGCUUUCGGGUCGGGGUGGAGGGCUGGAGGACGGAGUGAACUGGGAGAGGUGGGGGGGGAGUUCUAGCUGCCUCCCUGCUUACAGUAGCUCAGCCAUUAAUAAGGACUGGGGGGCCUCCUUUCUGGUCUGGGGCUGUGAGCAGUUUGCCUUUGAUCAGUCGUGUCUCUCUGGGCUGAUUUAUUUGCCCUGGGCGGAACUUACCACCCCUCUGAAAGCGAGCUAGAGCUGCAGUGUAGAAGGUGGCCAGACCUGUUCUUUCUGAACUGGGUUCAAAACCUCUUCAGCGCACACCAGGCCUGUACUACAGCUCCAGCUACGCUAUCAGUUUUCACCAUGUAGAACUAGCCCUUUGGGGUUAAACCACUAGAGUUGGGGCGGGGGAGGAGGGGGAAUUGGGACAGCCAGGCUUAGUUAAUAUAGGCAUUGGGCGGUGGAAGGAUCAGAUCGCUGUGGGGUCACUAAUGCUUCUUGUGUUUUGUGAUCGGUUGGGCCAAGAGUUAGAUCAGACUCCUUUCCAAAUUCCCACCGGUCAGACAGACCAACUGGUACCACUGAGUAGGGGGCCAGGAUGGUGUAGGGGUACUGCACAGCCUCUGCCCCCAUCGCUAGUCCAUCUUGGCUCAGUGGCGAUUGCCGUCUGGCAGCUGUUCCAUGCAGGGGGGCUGAAUGCAGCUCCUAGCACAGCGGGAUCCCCGCCACAGAAAGCCCCCAGCAGUAACUGCACCCUUAGCGCUCUCAGCAGAGAAGGAAAGGGUUGAAUGGGCUCAGAUGUGAUGCUCAUCACUUGCCUCUAGACGUGGUCAGGGUUAGGGGAUGCUGUGAGAGCUUGCACACCCAUCACCACUGCAGUAGCUGGGCUUUCCUGCCUACGUGUCAGUCCUGCUCUGCGAGUUCUCAUCCUGAGUUGCAGCGGGAGUGCAGGGAAAGAGUGAAAACCUGAUCUGUCAGAGGCUGCCCCCUAAGUUCCAGGAGCAGUGAGAGCCCAGGGGUGCAAGGCUAGCAGAGGGAAUAGCACAGCUGCAUGCCCUGGUACUGUUUCCUGCUGCACCGUGGUGAAGGUGAAUCCAGCCCCAAGCGCCCAGGCUGCCCCAGAGGGUGCAGAACUUUCCCUUUGCCAGAUGAUUCCUUCACUCUUGUAGGCCAGGAUCACUAAUCCAUUCACCCCAAGGUGCUCUUGCACUAUGCUCAGUGUAGGUGACACCCCCCCACAAAUAAGGGACUGCGGUGCCACUGGCUAGAGAUAUGCGUAACACAGACAGGUGCUGAGGAAGUUGUGUAGCCAGAGUUAAGCCAGUUCACCUUAAUCCUGACCUGAAACAUUCCCCCCCGCCCCAUGUACUAUUUGUGUCACGAGCCACUGCGCUCCUUAGACUAAUGCAUCUCAAUCCUAUCUUGAAAUACCACCUGCUCCGCACUCUUGGGUUCCUCCUAUGCUGGCUCUGCAUUCGUGAGAGAGACCGAGAGAAAUGGCCACAGGGGUCAGACUCACCCAUUGGCAUCUGGCUUCUGAAGUUCAGGGCUCGCAGGGGAGGAGUCGCUGUGUUAAAUGAGAACAGCUGUUACAUCCAGCCUCCCUGCAGCCCAGAGCACGCUUGGGCACAGAGGUGGGUGGGAAAGGAUACAGACCGUUCUGCUGGAGCAUCUAGUUCUGGGCCACCUUGGCCUGUCGUGGGUGAGGCUGUCCCCAGCCUUCUCCUGAGUAUGGGUGUGGGGGGGGGGGGGGUUUAGUGCUGGCAGGGUUCUGUGUCAGCCUGUGCUGUGUUUCACCUGCUGGGGCCAUGCUCGGGCCAACGCUCAUCUCUCUGGAAGCCUGUCAGGCAGAUUUGCUGCUAUCCUCAUGCUUUAACAUUAGAAGUGGGAGGAGGUGGGGAGCUUUUCCCCUCUCCCCCCCCCCCCAUAUUAUAGUGUUUAGGAAACUGGAACUCUUCCUUUUGGCACCCUGGGUGGGGCCAGCCUUCGAGCCAAAUUCCCCUUGUACAAUAAAAAGCCAUAGAACAUACCAGGAAGUCUUGUGCUGCUCCAUUACCCCUCUCUGUUCCCACCCGCUUCAGCAUGCACGUAUGGGCGCCUCGAUUAGGGUUCCCGCCACGCAUUUGGGUACUGUGUUUCGGUCUCGCAAUCCCAGCACCCAGAUGCACCUGGGUGCUUGUUCAGUCCUGGGAAUAUCCCCGCCCACAUCCUUGUAUAGUGAGCACCAUCAGCCCGGAGCAUUUGAUCUCUGACCCCUGGUGUUAGCGCACCUCACCGGCCUGCAGAUGAUUGUCACUUUGUUCAAGCUUUCUGUGAAACCCAUUGUACUGGAGUCACCGUUGAGCUGAGGAAAGGGAAUCCUAAUACAAAUCGUGGCACUGCAAGAGUUGCUUAACUUAUCCCCAGUCAUUCGCCAGCUCUUUGUGGCUUCCCAUCCUGUCCUUUGGUUUGUGCAUUGUUUUGAGUGAGGUCUGCAGGGCAGGGACUGUCUAGCACUGUGCAAAUGACCUUUGGGCUGGUGGGAUCCAGAAGCUGGCUGCCCAGUGGGUGAAGGAGCAUUUCUUUUUGAUUGUUCUGAACAUAGCUCCUGGUACCAUCCAAGUAACCCCAGGUACCCGUAGGCUUUCUUCAAAGGGUGCACCCAACUAGUUACAAGUUAGGACCAAGCUUUUCAAAAGUGACCAGGGAUUUUGUUCAGCCUGCUUGAGAGGCCUCGAAAGGGCCUGACUGUCACAGGCUGAAAAUCCUGCCCCUUUCAAGGCAUGUCCAGUUUAACAUCUGAAAUCACUGGUCACCUUUGCAAACCUUGCCCUACAGGACCUGCUGGGUUUGCUCUAAGGCCUUGUCUGUGCUGUGGUUUUGUGCUCCAUUGCCAGCCAGAAAGCCAAUGUAGAUAGGCUGCCUGUGCUUCUGCCACCGUGGCAUCUGACCAGGUCAGAUAGCUGUAAAAAUGCUAGCAGCCGAUCUGUACUCACACCACCACUGGCGGGGCUCCUACAGCAACAAUGGGUGACAGCCAGCCUGCCCCCCUGUGGACAAGAGCUAGGUUUUUAUCAUCUCCGCCCCCCCCCCCCUUUUUUUGUUUGUUUCUUUUUGCAUCCCAAAACUGGGGAGGAGGAGGGGAGGGACUGGUGCCUGGAAAUGGGGACUGCCCUGGAAUAUGGGGUAUGGGGGGGAGCAACCUAUGAUCACUCUCCCCAUCCCCUACUUGGUGCUUGAGAACAUCUCCUGCCCUGAGCCUCUCUGCUUCUUCCAGUGAGGCCUGGACUUGCUUUUGGGAGUGGUGAGGCUCCUGUGGCUCUCCCUUCCCUGGGCUUGUGCUGUCCUGAUGGAUCUGACCUAAGCCUGCUGGGAUGUUUCUAAAGCCCAGAGUGGGAUAGAUGAGUUCUUUGCUCCUUUCCUAAAUGUGCCUUUUAAAAAAAUCUGGACUCCUGAGCUACAAAACAUUGGCUCUGAGAUCACCUGUGGAUUCCUCCCUGAUUUUCACUAGGUUACCUUCCUUUUGCCAUCUACAGGCUGGAGCUGGGGGACCAGCUUGCUGGGCUGCUGGAUUUUGGAUGGGGCUUGGAAUGUAUCUGAGCUUCCCAGGACUGUGCCCAUGAGGAGCUAUGCUAGCCCACUCAGAGCUACUAAUGGGCAUCCCUCAACCCUCUGGAGUGGCUUCCUGCAUGCCUGGUCCUUGAUGAGCUGGUGUCUGUGAAUGGAAAAUAGCCACUCAAAGGAAUUCUGACAUCACAUGAUGGGGUCACACAUGCCCUUCCAUGUUGCCUGACAUUAUGGGUCUUUGUGUGUCACUGGAGAGAAUAGAUUCCUUUGGGAAGGGAGAGGGGUGCUGCAUCAUUAUCUAUCUCAGCCAGUCUGCUGUAAGGGGCAGAGCGGCUUGCCCCAACCUAGACCUUUACCUCAGUGUGUUGCCCCCAGGCUGAGAUCUGUGGAACGCUCUGCUCCAGGAUGGGAGGAGGAGAAACAUUUUUCUGUAGUUUUGUCACAAGAGAUUGGUUUGGUUUCAUUUUCUUCACUUUCAAAGUGGUGGUUGGUUUGUGCUCUGUUCCCGGUGCCAGGCUGCUGCGGCAGAAGGAACUGGGGUCUCUGAACGCGGUGGCUGCUUGUGUUAAUGGAAUAAAUUAUUUUUGCUAAUAAAUGUUCUGCUUUGUUGGA